UCCUGACAUUUGUAGUUCUUUAUGAUAGCCACAUUAGCAGCUAACUAGCCGUUCAUUUUUUUGUGUGUGGGGGGGGGGGGGGGGGUAAAUACAGGCAAUAUAUAUAUUUUUUAUUUAUUUAUUUUUAUUUCACCUUUAUUUAACCAGGUAGGCUAGUUGAGAACAAGUUCUCAUUUGCAACUGCGACCUGGCCAAGAUAAAGCAUAGCAGUGUGAGCAGACAACAAAGAGUUACACAUGGAGUAAACAAUUAACAAGUCAAUAACACAGUAGAAACCAAAGGGGGAGUCUAUAUACAAUGUGUGCAAAAGGCAUGAGGAGGUAGGCAAAUAAUUACAAUUUUGCAGAUUAACACUGGAGUGAUGAAUGAUCAGAUGGUCAUGUACAGGUAGAGAUAUUGGUGUGCAAAAGAGCAGAAAAGUAAAUAAAUAAAAACAGUAUGGGGAUGAGGUAGGUGAGAAAGGGUGGGCUAUUUACCAAUAGACUAUGUACAGCUGCAGCUUUGAUAAAAGUAACUUUAUCCUAGAGCAGGAGUGGCAAAGGCCGACCUGAUUCAAUAUGGCCCGCGGACCUCAGAUCACAUAAAGAAUUUGCGAUGGUAAAGUAUUUAUUAUUCAAAUUAAAAGCAUAAUGAAUACUCGCCUUUGUGUAAUGAUAUAACUCCGACCGCUUUUGGGGACAUUUAUUUUGAAGGCACGUAUAAGUAACAACUGCAGGAGGACAGGCAGUGGCUGACACACACGUUACAAAUAGUAGCUAGCUAGAAAUUGCGCUAAAAUGAGUUUUUCCAAAGAAAAGGAAAGUAGACAAUGAAUGUAGGGUGUUCCAGCAAUAGUGGACUUAGAAAUAUUUCUUUAUUGAGGUAUCAGGGAAAGCUGUGUGCAAGGAGAGCAUUGCUGUCUUGAAAGACGACAACUUAUCCCGACACUUUCAGACGAAGCAUGCAGAGAAAUAUAGGAAUAUGUCUUCUGAGCAGAGGGCAAGUGCAUCGAAAUAGUUGCAAAAGCAGCAAGGACUUUUCACAAAACUGCAUUCAGCAAACGACGGAAUUGCGAGUGCUAAUCUAAGUACUGUCCUACACAAUUGCUAAACAUAGCAAGCCAUUCGCUGAGGACGAAUUCAUUAAAUAAUGUUUCAUAGACUCUGCAGCAAUACUUUGCCCCGACAAGAAAGAGCUGUUUGAAAAUGUUUCCCUGUCAAGACGAACAGCGACACGGCAUGUUGAGGACGUCACAGAAUAUGGAACAACAGUUGAUAGACAAGGCAAAGGAUUUCACCUAUUUCUCCUUGGCCCUGGAUGAGAGCAGUGAUGUAUGUGACACGGCGCAGUUGUUAAUAUUCUUAUGAGGCAUAACCCCAGACUUUGAAAUGGCAGAGGACUUUGCUUCGGUGCAGUCAGUGAAGAGCACAACCACAGUGAAAUAUUCAUUGGAGGAGAUUAAUAAGUGUGUGACCACUGAUGGGUGCCCAAACUUCACAGGAAAAAACGUUGGCUUUUUUGAAAAUGAUACAAGAUCAAGUAGCUGAGCUGAACCCAGAUCAGAACAUUAUUUUCCUGCAUUGCAUAUUUAAUCAGCAGGUGCUCUGAAAAUGUGUUCUGAAAAUGAGCCAUGUUGUGCAUGCAGUCACUAAAGUGGUAAACUUCAUAAGAGCAAAAUCUUUAAACCACAGGAAAUUUGUCUCACAGUUGGAAGAGACCGAGUCGGAUCACACACAAACGUGAGAUGGCUCAGUUUGGGGAGGGUGCUUAAAAGGGUGUGGGACCUGAAGUCGGAGAUUGCUGAGUUUUUGCAAAUUAAAGGAAAAUAUGUGGAUUUCCAUCAACUGCCAGAGAAAGAAUGGUUGGCUGAUUUUUGCCUUCACUGUGGACAUCAUGGCCUUCAUGAAUGAACUGAAUUCCAAACUACAAGGAAGGGCCUUUUUGCACAUCAGAUGUACAGCCUUGUCAAAGCCUUCAAGGGUAAGUUACUCUUCCUGACCUGCCAAGUAGAAGCCAACAAUAUCACCCACCUUCCGACACUACUAGUCUGUUCCCUAUCAAGAUGACCAGCGGGAGAAGUAUACAUCACUGCUGCGUGCUUUGAACGUGGGUUGUACCAGAGCUGGUAGGCCAGGCCCUGGCAACAGUGCUGAUGCUUGUCUCCCUGCACUGGUUUGUCUUCCUACUCAACCUGCCUGUGGCCACCUGGAACAUGUACAGGGUUUGGAAGGUGCCCAUGGGAAACAUGGGGGUGUUUGACCCCACUGAAAUCCACAACCGGGGACAACUAAAGUCUCACAUGAAAGAGUCCAUGAUCAAACUCGGCUUCCACCUGCUCUGCUUCUUCAUCUACCUGUACAGCAUGAUCCUGGCACUGAUCAACGAUUGAGAUCCCCAUGGCUGUUUUAAUCCAAUCGGCCAAAUCACAAACUAUUCAGAAUGUGGUGUUCAAUAUGUCCUGGUCCUCAGCUCAGCUGAAGUCACCUGACAUUACACUCCCCUUGGACACCUAAUCAUUGCUCAGCCCCCUCCUCCCCUCCAUUACGUACUUCUGUGUUCUCAUAACUGCCCUGGAAUUGUGUGCGUGCUUUCGUUCAGCCUGUGUCCAACAAUGCUGUCCAUGCACUGCUCCUCUGGGCAGAUGGAAAACAUGACAAUCAUACAGGCUAGAUGGUGCAUACGAUUGGCUAACAUAUUUUCAGCCAAGAGCCUAUCACAACAGCUAGCACAUCCUCUUGCAGCCUGCCAAACAUCAUCUUUGAUAUGUCAGUGCCAUAUUUGAUUGUCAUAUUUAUUUUUUUGUCUCUUGUCAACAUGCUGGAAAAUCCUUGAAUAUCCUUUGCAGAAUACUAACCUGUGUUUUGGAGAUUUAUUUCUAUAUUUUCUUGGUCUCUUAACAUCAAUAAGUUGUAGAUCUGACAUUCACUGACUGCUGAAAGUUGCACAUUUGAUUGGUAUUAUAAAAUAGUGUUCUCAGGGGAAUACAUGCACCUGGAUUGGAAAAUGUUUUUCAACCCUAUUUUUAUCACUCGACUGUGUAUCAAUGGGCAAUAUAACCUCGAUUCAAUCCGUAGCACUGAAGAGCAAUUUCUUUUAAGGUCAUUUCCAAUUGAGCUGAUAUGUAAAGUCUUUAAAUUUGUGUAGUGUUUCAGAUUGAAUCAAAUCCCUUGUCUGUAUUAUAGUUGUAUUACAUUUCACUAUGUAUGUUAUUUGUGCAGUUUGAGAAUGACCAUGUUCCAGCCAAAUGUAUUUCUCCAUGGGGAAAGGGUGCGUGUUAUAUUAAAUCAAACUAAAAUUACUCGCUUUUUAUAUGCUUUUGAAAAUAAUUUGUGGGGUUUCUUAAAUAAACUUGAAAGAGAACAA